GCUUUGUUUCUAGCAUCGCAAAUAAUUUCUCUUAUUUCAUCUUUCUUUAAUUUGUUAUUUCUCAAAACUCAAGCAUGGCUGAUGAGGUGGUUCUUCUUGAUUUCUGGCCAAGUACAUUUGGGAUGAGGAUUAGAAUUGCACUUGCUGAAAAGGGUAUCAAGUAUGAGUACAAAGAAGAGGACUUGUGGAACAAGAGUCCUCUGCUCCUCCAAAUGAACCCGGUUCACAAGAAGAUUCCAGUUCUCAUCCACAAUGGUAAACCCAUUGCUGAGUCUCUGAUUGCUGUUCAGUACAUUGAUGAGGUCUGGAAUGAUCGAUCUCCCUUGUUGCCUUCUGAUCCUUACCAGAGAGCUCAAGCUAGAUUCUGGGCUGAUUAUGUUGACAAGAAGAUAUAUGAAGUUGGAAAGAACGUUUGGACCAAAAAAGGUGAAGAACAAGAAGCUGCCAAGAAGGAAUUCAUAGAUUGCCUGAAAUUGUUGGAGGAACAGCUGGGAGACAAGACCUAUUUUGGAGGAGACAAGCUUGGGUUUGUGGAUAUUGCACUUGUUCCAUUCUACACUUGGUUUAAAGCCUAUGAGACCUUUGGCAACCUCAACAUAGAGAGUGAGUGCCCCAAGUUCAUUGCUUGGGCCAAGAGAUGCCUGCAGAAAGAGAGUGUUUCAAAGUCUCUUCCAGACCAAGACAAGGUCUACAACUUCAUUGUAGAAAUGAGAAAGAAGUUAGGGGUUGAGUAGGCUUGAAUCUUAUUAAGGGCCAUUAUAUAUAUAGUUGAGUACUUGUGUUACGGUUCUUGUCUUGCAUCACUUUUAUAUUAAAUAAUUUUAUGUAAUAAAAGGCAAUUUCGAUCAGAUGUGCCAAAUUAGGUUGUUUUAUGUGGUAUUGUAUACGUUUUGAAUACUUCAGAUGUAUCUUUGAUUUGUUUUAUUGUCUUGUAAUGGAGUCUUCUUGUAUUAUUAUUUAUUAAUACUUAUA